AUGACGUCAUUAAAACCGAAAAUGACAGUUUCCGCCGUACGGGGCCGCAUCCUCGUGACAGCAGAAGACGGUGAGCGGAUAGGCCAGUGGGGAGGCACGGAGUGUUUUCUCUCGCGGCAGUCUGGGCUUGGUCCAUGUCUUGUUGUCCGCUCCAGUCGUCAUAAGCGCCACGAGGGGACAUUCUUUCAACUGGUUGGACUCCGACGUGUGUUGUCGACAUAUGCCAUGGAGGGAAAGCUCACAAUUAUGGUACCGCAUGAGCAACGGUUGUGUACCGUGUUUAUUGAGACAGUGGCGGAUGUGGACGCCCUGAGGAUUAUGGCUGCCUUGCUACAGGACCGCAGUCAUUGGAAAGAUAUUGAGAAGAAUGUGGCGUGCAAAAAGGGUCGAGCGGGACGUGGAUCCAAAGCAAACGGACAGGGACUUCGUGAUCCAGGCGCGUUUGCCAUGCCGGAAUGGGAUAAUAAAGACUUUUAUAUCGAUGAUGCUGCUGCUCCUGAUGGUGACGAUUCUGGCGUGGUCAUCAAUGAUGGGGGUAAGGUGACAACGCCGACAUCUAAAAAGGUAAACAUGUACCCCAAAAAUACGGUUUCUACACAUUCAGAAGUGGACGCGAAUUCAAUGGCGUCCACAAUGGGACGUGGACCGAGUGAAAGGGUGGCACCAUCCAAAGAAGGUGUGUCAUGGACGGUAGAGCAGGUGCGUGCCGUUCAGUUGGUUCGCACGGGGAGAAAUGUCUUUUUGACAGGAUCGGCUGGCACAGGGAAAACCGCAUGGCUUUUGCAUCUGCUGCAGCAUGUCUUGUCAGGCACUGAGGGCGUUGUGGCAACAGCUACCACCGGUAUUGCCGCUCGCAUCAUUGGUGGUCUCACAAUUUAUGCGUUUUCUGGCAUUGGUCGAGGUGAUGGCUCAUUUGACAAGAUUUAUCGCCGCGUCAAAAGUCGCCCGGAGGUGGUACGAGCAUGGCGGCAAUGCAAGACACUCAUCAUUGACGAAAUCGGAGUCCUCCCGGUAAAUAUUUUUCUGCUUUUGGAUGCGAUUGCCCGACGAGUGCGUAACGAGCCUGAUACCCCCUUUGGGGGUAUUCAGCUUAUCCUUCUUGGUGACUUUCUGCAGCUUCCUCCUGUAGACUCCUCCUCGGCUGUUUUUAUGAGUGAGGAUCGCACCGAAGAAAAGAAACCUGAGUCAAACUGGUGCUUUGACUGUCCUUUGUGGGAAAAACUGCGGCUUGCCGCCGUUGAGUUUCGUCAGAACCAUCGUCAUGAGAGCGACCCAGUCUUUGCUGCAUGUAUGGAAGAUAUUCGAUAUGGGCGGUAUACUCGACGUGUGGAAGGCCUAAUAUCGACAUGUCUUGGUCGACGGUUGAGCGAUCGAUUUGGUGUUAAACCUACCGUCAUUGUGGCGCGCCGUCAAAGUGCCACAGCGUACAACAUGGAACGUCUGCAGUUACUGGACGAUGUCAAUUUUCAUCGUUAUGCCUCUGAGGACUACGCCUCAACGCCCGGAUACGAUUUGGAUAAGGAAGUUUCUCUACUGCCUUUGCUUGAGUUGCGUGUCGGGGCACAGGUGGUACUGCUUGCC